GGACGGGGAAGGGGCGUGGACGGCAAUGCGCGCGACGUCAGCUCACGUGACCGAGUGGGCAACAUGGCGUCGGUCGCGGACAUGUUCGAUGUGACCUGGGAAGAAAUGCGUGACAAGUUGCGAAAAUGGCGAGAUGAGAACAACCGGAACAGUGAGCAGAUUGUGGAUGUUGGUGAAGAGUUAAUAAAUGACUAUGCUUCAAAACUUGGCGAUGACAUUUGGAUAAUUUAUGAACAAGUGAUGAUUGCUGCCCUUGACCUCAGUCGUGACAACUUGGCAAUGCAAUGUCUACAUGAACUUCGCAAACAGUUUCCUGGCAGCCACAGAGUGAAGCGAUUGACUGGCAUGCGAUUUGAAUCCCUUGAAAGGUAUGAAGAUGCCAACAAGAUGUACGAUGGAAUAUUGCAAGAAGAUCCAACAAACACAGCAGCACGGAAGCGCAAGAUUGCCAUUCUCAAAGCCCUGGGGAAAACCACUGAAGCCAUCAGGGAGCUGAAUGAGUAUCUGGAACAGUUUGUUGGAGACCAAGAGGCAUGGCAUGAACUAGCAGAGCUUUAUAUCAAUGAGCAUGAUUAUGCAAAAGCAGCAUUUUGCUUAGAAGAACUUAUGAUGACUAACCCUCACAAUCACCUGUACUGUCAACAUUAUGCAGAGGUGAAAUACACUCAAGGUGGACUUGAAAACCUGGAAAUUUCUCGCAAGUACUUUUCUCAAGCUCUGAAACUAAACAACAGAAACAUGCGGGCUUUGUUUGGCCUUUACAUGGCUGCAAGUCACACUGCUUCUAACCCUAAAGCCAAUGCUAAAAUCAAGAAGGAUAACAUGCGAUAUGCUACUUGGGCAGCUCUGCAGAUCAACAAGGCGUAUCAGCUCGCAGGUCGUGGCAAAAAGGAGAACAAGAAUUCAUUGAAGGUUGUGGAGGACAUGCUGGAGGCUCUACAGAUCACACAGUCAUGAACUCGUUGCUCUUGUUUGGAUUGUCAUCGACUUACAACAUCCCUCAAGCUCACUGAAGUAUCUUCAACACACUUGUCACUCUUUGCACCACCCCCCCAUGCAAUCUCUCCUUUCACCAUUGCUGGCCCAUAAUCACGACCACCCCACCCCUCACCUCACCUCUUUAACUUGGCCAAAUAACUCAUUCUGUAAAUGUAAUUGAUAUUUUGACUGCCUUUGAGUCAAUACUUCACACCAUUAGAGUAAUAUCUAGGUGUGCAGUUAACUACUGAAAUCUUGCUAUGGCUUGUAUGUUUUGAAGCAUUCUUCAGUAAAUUAUAUAAGAAUCAGUAGAAAAGCACAUUUACAAAAUAAAUUUAGCUUUUCUCCAAUUGAGGGUAAAAUCCCAGUGUUUUCUCACCGAGAUCGCCCUCAUUGCUGUUGCUUUCAAGGGAAAAGCAGUUCCCAAGUCUGCGAAUGGAAUGAGAAGCAAGCUGUGUCUUAGUCUGUUGCUCAAGGAUUUACUCAGCCCACGGCAAUAGCAGUGGCCCGUGCACCUCAUUCUUCUGCUGAAUUAUCUCCAAUCACCAUUGUGGCACUUGGAUACACAAGUGCCUGUCUUAGGUGAUGCACUCCCUUAGCCAGACUGUCAAUGCCACGGGUAUUAGUCUGUCGAGACGGCGCAGGAAAAUGAGAGAGUUUGAAAGCACCACAAACUUCCGAGCACACAGAGUACUCAAGGACACCUCUGUAAUCCAGCCUGACGGAGAGGGGCUAAUAUACCAGGUCUAGAAGUGAUGAGAACAAGGGGUUCAUAUUCUACUCAUUCUUCAAAAUUAAACUGCUAUUCCAACUUUCACACAGAUAUGGAUAGGAAACCCAAAAUGCAGGUGUCGGUACUGUCAGACAGCUGGUUAUUGUCCCAUGUUAUUUUGUUUUAUAAUAAGCUUUUUAUAAUUGCUGUGUUUGCCUUUGUGACUUGCGGUGGAGAGUGAAUUUUGACAACCGUUGCUUUGAAAUAGAGUGGCUGCAGUGAACCAGUCCAUUGCUGGUGUUAAAUGACGGGAUUGCUUGUGUUGAAAUUAAACUGCAAAUUCAUUUUAUGCAGGGUUGUCAUGGCCUGAUGCAGUCCAGGAGAAUUGUGAUCUCAUGAUGUUCACUUGUAGAUUAUUGCAGACUUUUGAUCUUGGAUUUUGCAGAGAUUCAUCCUGCAGCUGCAAUCUGAUUUGCAUGUGAAUUUUCACAGCCCAUCUUGCAUAUUCAUUCAGCAUUUUGCAUGCUUCCUAAAGCAUUGAAAUAAGUGAAACAAUGUGGGAAGAAUUUCUGCCUGCUCAAGUUCCUAAGUUUUUUGGCACUGAAGUACUAUUAAUAUUAUUAAAUAAAAUAAUAGUAAAGAAACAAUAGAACUACCUGUUUGUAUUUAACUGGUUUCAAUCUGGGUCGCCUACCAUGCUCUUAUAUCUGGGGCAAAGUGACAAGAGCGUUAAGAGGAGGGCAGUUGAAAGCUGCCAUUGACCAACACUGCAAUUGUGUAACAGCACCAUCUAGUGCUUAUUUCUUGUUGAAGAUGUACCACAUUAAUUUAGUUUAGUUUAGAGAUACGCAUGGAAACAGGCCCUUCGGUGCAACGAGUCAACGCUGAUGAUCAACGUCCCAUUCACACUAGUUCUACGUUAUCCCACUUUCGCAUGAACUCCCUACACACUCGGGGUAAUUUACAGAGGCCAAUUAGAGUCUUUGAGAUGUGGGAGGAAACCAGAGCACUGGGGGAAACACAUGCGGUCACAGGCAGAACGUGCAAACUGCACAAAGACUGCACUCGAGGUCAGGAUUGUACCUGGGUCCUUGGCGCUGUGAGGCAGCAGCUUUAACAGCCGCGCCAUUGUGCUGCUCUUUUUUAACAGAAAUUCAUAAACUCAUUCUACAGCAGAAAAUAAAAACAUGCAAGUUGCUUUCUGGUUAGUUCAGUUGAAUUGCAAUAAACCUAGGUACUAAAGGUGUUAUAUAAACAGCAAAGAAAGA